AUGUUCAACUACACGGAUUCGCCGACGCAUCCUCGCACGCCUACGGUGCGCACGAGCUGCUGGACAGAUUCAGAAAUUGUGCUACACUGGCUUUCAGCUCCCCCUCGACGGUGGAACACCUACGUCUGCAACCGAACUUCUGAGAUAUUGAGCGACUUUCCCCGUAGCUGCUGGAACCAUGUUCGCACGGAAGACAAUCCUGCUGAUUGUGCUUCGCGAGGACUUCAUCCGUCAAAGCUUCUGGAGCAUCGACUGUGGUGGAAAGGUCCGUCCUGGCUGGCCACACCCACGUCUGAGUGGCCACCUUCUACAAGCAAGUUCAGCGUAUCUUCAAGUUUCGAUGUCAACACCGAAGAACGAGCCAUAAAGCCCACGACUCUACAUAACUUUCCUGAUGAAAGUAUACACGAGAAUUCGGCACCAUUCCUUACGUCUGAAGAGUUGCUGGACGCUCAGCGCCGACUUAUUCGACAUGUGCAACAAAAAUCCUUUGCCAGAGAAUAUGCGCAGCUAGAGAAUCGACGCCAGCUUAACGCUAAAUCGCAUCUUAUCCGGUUUUCUCCUUUUCUGGAUGAUUAUGGAGUAAUGCGAGUCGGUGGGAGAAUCGAGCAAUCUACACUCAACUACAACGCCAAGCACCCGAUUCUGAUACCUAAAGAUACACCACUAGCUGGACUGCUGGUUCGACAUUUUCAUGUCUCCUAUCUGCACACUGGAGUUGAUGCAACGUUCACCAAUCUUCGUCAGCAGUACUGGAUUCUGGGAGCCCGCAAUCUCGUCAGAAAGGCAGUCUUCCAAUGCAAAUCCUGUUUUCUUCAACGAAAGGGCACAAGCAACCAGAUCAUGGGAGAGCUACCAAUUCCUCGAGUUCAAGCUAGCCGCUGCUUUCAACACACAGGGCUGGACUACGCUGGACCGAUCGCAAUCAAGGAAUCAAAAGGAAGAACUCCACGCAUCGGAAAGGAAUGGUUUUCUAUUUUCGUGUGCCUCACUACAAAGGCACUUCACAUUGAGGUUGUUAGUGAGCUAACUACACAGGCUUUCAUCGCAGCCUUUCAACGAUUCAUUGCCCGCCGAGCGAAGCCAACUGUCCUGUAUUCGGACAACGGAACUACAUUUCAUGGAGGCAAGCAAACUUUGGAUGACAUGAGACGUCUGGCCAUUCAACAAGCCAAAGAUGAGGAACUAGCAGGAUUCUUUGCCAAUGAAGGGAUUUCUUGGCACUUUAUACCCCCGUCUGCUCCCCAUUUUCGCUCAAUUAAACUCCAUAUGAAACGGAUACUUGGAUCAAAGGCUUUAACGUUUGAGGAGCUCUCUACUGUCCUGACCCAAAUUGAAGCUAUCCUGAAUUCACGCCCGCUGUGCCCAACUGGGGAUAAUUCUUUGGAUCCACUGACGCCUGCUCAUUUUUUGACUGGAUCUCCGUAUACUGCAUUGCCUGAACCCUGUCGUCUGGAUAUGCAAGUCAAUCGAUUGGAGAGGUGGAAUCAGCUGCAAGCCAUGGUUCAAGGCUUUUGGAAAAGGUGGCAUAUGGAAUACCUGACAUCUCUUCAUGAGCGGACAACGUGGCAUCUGGAAACCGAGAAUCUGAAGAUCGACACACUGGUAGUACUCAAGGAGCCCAAUCUACCGCCCUCUAAAUGGAUAUUUGGCCGCAUCACCGCAGUGCACGCACCGAGUCGUUACAGUGAAGACUGCUCACGGAUUAUACAAACGCCCAAUUGCCAAAAUCGCUGUACUGCCUCUCUGCUGAACAACCGUUCAGGGGGGCCGCUUCAGCGGAGCUUAUCAGCGGAAUCAAUGUAA